AUGAGAGCUAACUUCUCCUUCUUCUUCCUAUUAGAAUUGGGUGGAUCAUUAUACGAUAUAAUCAAUCAUUUCAAGCGUACUGAUACAAGCUAUCGUUUUAUUAAAAUUGCCUAUUCUGGUAAGGCGUUGUUUGAGACUCCUAUUGUUGUUUAUCUUAAGAAUUUAGGGCUAAGGUUGGUGUUUGAUUCGAUCACUCAGCGCCUUGUAUGGAUCGAAGUUGUGGCUUUCCAAAAUUCAAUCCAAUUCGUAUAUCACGCGGGUGAUGCCUCAUUAAUUGUCAAUAAAAAUGGUACUGAACCUUUAUUUAAAGAUAUUUAUAAUAAGAUUUUCGGUCCUACCUUACCUGGUAAGGUUUAUCCCCAAGAGAAGAAAUACGUGUUGAAUUAUCCAGGUAUCGCAUUCCUGUUCCCAUUAUCUGAUGAAUUAUUAGCCGAAUUCAAUAUUGACUCAUCAGUUAAUACAGAUUUAUUAUCAUCGGAAGCCAAAGAAAAGCUAAUUGUACUUUUAAGUCAAUCGACUCUCAAAUGCGAUGCCAUGAUAUUGUAUAAUAACCCAAUCACCGGAAAUCACUCUUCGGCAUCGUGGGACGCUUUCUAUAAAUCCGUUUCCUUGGCAAUGUUUUAUGAUGGGGCGUCUAGUUUGGCCUUUAAGAAGCUGAGGGCACUCGGGUUAAAAUCUAUCACUCCUUCAACUUCUCAAUACACUACUUUUCCUAAAAAGAAAACUCAUGGAAUAAUAUCGGUUGCUGAAAUUGAUCUUCCCAGGGGUCUAAUCCGUCUUAACUUUACUCGCAAUAAUAGUGGAAUUUCCUCCUUUGUGUUAAAUUGUGGAGUUUCCAAACAGCAAGAUAUUCUUUGGGCAAUUGGUGAGCCUGACGCCACGUAUUUAAAAAUUGAUUCUCGUUACAAGAUCUACAAUGGUGACUUUAGUCCCUUUGAUAGAAUUUCCAAGGCCAAGAAUAUCAAUAAUGAAGUGUUUCAUAAUUAUUUUAGUUAUGGGUUUGACCUUUUGUACGGUACUGACUCAUUGAAUGGGGCAAUGCUUAAGAAAGUGGUGAUGCAUAAUAACAACCCGAAUUCUGUGGAGUUCAACAAAUAUAAUAAGCUAAAUUGGGUCAUGAGAGGUAACGCUACAAGCGAUUCUUCAUUGAAAGAUGAUUUUGAUGUGCAAGAACCUAAUAUAUUCUUUCCAGAUUUUAUUAAUCGCACAAAUCCUACAUAUAAUGAAAAUAAUAUUGAUUGGGCUAUUGAAGACUCUUCAAAUAUUGCAACCUCAGAAAUGUACUUUCAUGAAAUUGAUGAAAAGAAUUUUAAGACCCUCAUAAUUUCCGGGUCUGGUACUGACAUUCCUCCAACGACGUCUCCGUUUAAUUCUUCAAAUUUCGUUCUCAUUGAUAGAAGCAAAUUAAUGCUGGUGGUGGAUGGUAAUGAUGAUAGUGAAGAUUUGGUAGAAUUUCUUUCUGAAGAAGAAGAUGAUGAUGAUUGUGCUUUUCCUAAUGGUGAGAUUGGCAUUGAUUCCGUUCAUAUUUCCAACCCAUCUGCGAUUUACAGUAACGGAAAUAUUUUCCCUCGCGGGGAACUGAGUGUCUAUGGUACUAAACAUGAGAGAUCUAAAAGAAAAAGCAGCCUGUCCAAACACAUUGAUCUAAAAUGGGGACAAAGUAAAUUGUACGGGUAUAACCGGUGUAUUUGGGAAGUUCUAUCUGACAAUGAUGCAAUAAGUUCUAUAACAUUGUUUUGA